AGGAGCAUUUUGGUGAGAUGUGCUGGAUAUAGAGACAUGAACACUUUGUAAUAAAGCUGUAAUAGUAAGGCAUUUUGUGAUAGCUGAAAGUUUGGAUUAAGAAAAAAAUACUUUCAUCAGCUCAGAAGGAUGCUUGACAGUAUCAGGGACACAAUCCACAAUGUCCAAGAAGGACUAUCAGCAAGCCUUAGGGGCCUGUCAGGAGGAAGUCAUACCUUUCGUCCACAUGGCAAAUUUGGCUACAAGAACACUGAUGCUGGUUCGCAACUGCUACAUCACUAUCAAACGCACUGGGCUGAAAUGCACACAUGGACAGAAAAAAAUGCCAAAAAAGCCAAAGAAGUAGAUCUCAUUAUUAGAGACCUCCAUGCUCACAGUGAGAAGCAAUGGAAUGGCAUAGUGAAGCUGAAUUCAGAACUUGCUGUGUUUCCAGAGCUGAUUGAAUCAAUGGACAAGGUCAUGGAAAACUUAGGAACUCUCCAAGGAUUGUUUGAGGAAGUAGAAGAUGCACUGUUUCACUUGGAAGAUGUACUGGAAACUCAGAAACUCAGGGAACAGCAGUUGGAUCAUAGGUUCCAGUUUGCACUGUACAAAGAGAAGAGGCUUGCUGAAUUGGAGCAUUAUAGAACACACCUAGCUGAGCACCACAAGAUCAAGUUGGAACAGUAUGAGGCUUCACAGAAGGAUGCACUAAAAGAAAGACAAGAAGUAUUCAGCAAAGCCUUCCAGGAAGAACUUGAAGAAUAUCGCCGUAAGGGUGAUCUCCCAAAAACCAUGGAAGGAGCAUCAUCUGGUUUGACACUUGAAAACAUUGCAUUGGACUCGGAUAGGACUGCUUUGGAUGAGUUUCUGGCUGAAGAGGCAGAGGAAGCUUUGGAAAUAGCAUCUGAAGAUGCCCACAAGGAAGAAGAGGAAGAAGAAGAGGGAGGUGAAACUGGAAAUGAUGAUUUGGAGCAUCAUGUUGUAUGUGUGGAAGAGGAGGCAUAUACAUAGCAUUGUACCCAAUGAAAAGCAAUAUGAUGUUCAUUCCAGAGACUGAUGAAAAAUUAUGUUUUAUGUGUCAUGUGUGUGCAUGGGCACAGUUUGGGGCUUUCUUUGGGAAGCAAAUCUUGUAGAAAAAUUGCUUCUUAAAAAAAAAAGUCUAGAAUAUGUUUAUUCUAUUGGCAUGUUGUUCAGCUAUUUGUGGCAUCCAUCUGGUUUAGUGUCAACCAAAGUUAUUUCUGAAGUUUCUCAGAACCUGCUCCUUGUGUACUGCAAUUUGGGGUUGAAUCUAAUUGAUCCUGAACACCAUCCAUGAUUUGCCUACUUGAGGCAUCAGAGUCUUGAAGCAUCUUUAAGGAAACAUUUCCAGUUUCAACUUUGACCAAUUGGCUGCAUUCGCUUUAAUUGUUCUCUGAUACAUGCAUUUCCAUGGAAUUUGCAAGGAUAGGUGAUUCUGAAAUUGGCCAGGAAUUUUAACCUUUCUCUUGGUAACCACUCAAACUCAAGUAUUCACUCCCAUCCAUUCUCAAAUAAAUAUGGAGGAUGAGGGCAUUCUUUGCAGGAAAGCUUUUAAGUACAUUGCCAUCAUAAUCAUGGAUACAUAUUGUGAUUUUUGCCACUUGCAUACUCAUCAAUACAAAGCCUUGAUUUAUCCAUUUACCUCCAGAUAUCCCAGAGGUUCCUUGUUCAGAUCUUGAAAAAAUUAAUUGCAAAAAUUACGUGUAAUUCCACAGGUCAUCCCAAAAGUCAUGUAGUGAUUUUGUGAUGCAUAAAAAUGAGACCUAUUCAAUGACAGCCAUUUGUUUGAGGUUCAUUAGUUUGUGGUGGCCCAAUGAACAUCUGAUGUAAAAAAAAAUUGCCAUGAAAAAUAAUGUAAUCUAAAUGCUCACCAUUUGAAACAAAAUGCUCCCUUACUUGAAAAAUUAUGUUUCCCAUGACCCCAAAGUAUUCUUCAUUAGCUUGCCUGACAUUG